GUAUACAAAAAUAUUCUGCGAUAUUGUCGAAAUUGAAGCUCAAAUUUUUUGUCAUGGGCAACGUUCUUGGAGAACUGGAAGGUCCCACGGAUCCUGAGAAGGCGUUCAAGAAUUUUGAGCGUCUUUAUAACCGCCAGCAUCGGGAAAUGGAUCCCAAUGAUGCUGCUAAUGUGGCGAUCCGUCUAUGGGGCACCCUUACUCCUAAAGAGAAGAAACUAUACGAGAACCUGGACUGGAAUAUUUAUCAAAAGGUUAAAGUUCCAAAAUUAAAACGAACACCAAAACUAAAAUCAGGGAGGAAGAAGUCAAGAAGCGAUGCCUCCUCCAUUUUCCAAGGAUCCGAGGAGCAUGUGGCAUGGUGGCAAGCGAAGCAUCCUCAAAUGAAAAUUAAAACUAAUGACGAGUGCCGAAAGAAGAUAUCCCGAGUAGUCAAUUAG